AUGACAUCACCGUUUGUGGUUUUGGUGUCCGCCAUAGGCCAAGCUGUGGUGACAGGACACACCCAACCAAGUGUUGAGAACUUGAAGCAGAUUAUCAACGACCAUCGUCCUAAACUGGAUCACUAUGAGUCGGUCUACAAAAAUCUGCACAGCCGUCCUGAACUUGGUUGUAUGGAAUCGGAAACCGCAGGGGUCGCCGCAGAGCAUCUAAAGAACCUUGGAUUCGAGGUCCAUGAAGGCAUUGGCGGUCAUGGACUCGCCGGUGUGUUCAAAAAUGGAUCCGGACGUACAAUACUCCUUCGAGCAGACAUGGACGCCCUCGCCAUUCUCGAGGAGACGGGUCUUUCUUAUGCUAGUAGGGCCCGUAUGAUAGAUGACCAAGGUGUAGACCAGCCCGUCUCACAUGCUUGCGGUCAUGACACUCAUGUUACCUGUCUGAUGGCGGCUGCCACUCUCCUCCACUCCGCAAAAUCGAGCUGGAAAGGCACAUUGAUCUGUCUUUUUCAACCAGAUGAAGAGCAUGGCGCCGGGGCACAGGCUAUGGUCGAUGACGGCCUCUACAAGAAGAUUCCCAAACCAGACAUCGUUCUCGGCCAACAUGUGACACCUGUACGAUCAGGUGUAGUUGCAACUCGGUCUGGCCCAUGCAUGUCUGCCGCUGAUUCGUUCAAUGUCACAAUAUUUGGACGCGGAGGACAUGGCAGCCAACCUCAGAACACAGUUGACCCUGUCCUAAUUGCCAGUCAUGUUAUUAUUCGGCUUCAGAGCAUUGUGAGCCGCGAGGUCAAACCAGGCGAGAUCGCAGUUAUCACAUGUGGCAGUAUUCAUGGUGGUGGCACAGGAAAUGUCAUUCCCGAUCAAGUGGACCUCAAACUCAAUAUCCGCACUUAUACUCCUGAAGUACGGAGUCAAGUACUGGCCUCGAUGAAGCGAAUCAUUGAAUCCGAAUGCGAGGCGUCCGGGGCUGAGAGGAAGCCAGUUAUAACGGCAACAGACAGCUUCCCAUUGACAGAUAAUGAUCAAGGGCUCACAGAUACUCUUACUUCGGCGUUCCAGUCCUAUUUCGGGGCCGACAACGUCUGGGAUAUGGGAAGGGCCACCGCAAGUGAGGAUGUCUCGAUUUUGGCCACUUCAAUAGGUGUUCCAUACUCGUAUUGGAACUUUGGAGGUACAGAUGAGGAUAAAUGGGAGGAUGCUGUGCGUAAAGGAAAGGUUACGAGUUUGAUUCCCGGUAACCACAGCUCACUAUUUGCGCCUGUUAUAGAGCCUACUCUUAGGACUGGCAUAGACGCAAUAUCAUUGGCGGCGUUGACAUUCUUGACCUAG